CUUUUUUCCUUAGGUUAGUAUUUCAGAACAACUUAAUGUGAACGACAAUCAUGGUCAUUUUUAUUAUUCUCUAAACGAUAUCUAAAGUAUAUUAUUUCUGAAUUUCUAAUUGAAUAGUUUCUAUUAAUUAUAUUGCUUGUGAUUUCAAGUACUUGUGGGUUUUUUUUGUGUUUUGUGUACUAUGCAGUAAUGUAACGAACAUCCUAUUAGCCUAUUUUUUCGAACUUUACAGAAAUACAAGUGUAAAAUUGAGUUUGCGGAAUAUUUUCUCAAUCAACAGUAUGAGCAAUAUUUAUGGAGAUGGAAAUACACAAAGUCCUUUCUCAUGCUUGAGGAACCUCCUGCGCGAAUGCAAGAAGAUACUGAAGUAUUGUGAGAGUAAGUAAAGAAAGGCAGUGAUGAAGUGAUGGAGACCUUUAGUCAGUAAUAUGAUGCCUGUGACUGAUCUACCCAAGACUUCUGCUCUGGUGUAUCAGAUGUGUGUCAUUUCGGGGUUAAUUAACAAACAAAUAUCAAAAAAGUUCACCUGCGUAUGUGGGUUAUUGCUGAUGCAUAUGAUGAUCACAAUGUUUAGCUGGUGAUUCAUGCAGGACCAGAUAAAGUUGUCAUAAACACGACUCUAGGUUUGGCUUGGCCUGCAACCUCUGCUCUUAUCAAACACUUUAAGAUAAAUACUGUUACAGUGCAUUACAUUACAGUAGGGUUUAUGAGUUAAGGGUAGAUGGACUGUUGUGUAAUAAGUACAUGAGCAUGCUUUUAUAAUUCGCUGGUUAGAGGUAGCUGAGGAACGGAUCAUGUGAAUACAAAACACAAGGGGAGUUUAAAUACCCUGGAGGUCACCCGUCUUACUAAAAUAUACAUACCAGAGAGUCAAAGCAGCCAAGUAACUCAGCAAGGUAAUGUACAAAACAUUCUUUUUUGCCAAAGUUAAAUUCAUUGUCAUAUUCACACAAGUUGUUUUCAUUCGGUACAGAUGAUGUGUUUGGUUUAAUCAUCCGUGGAAGUAGUUUUCAGCUGGUGAUUUCAAAUUGUAACCUACUAGUGGGUCAUAAACAGACUGGGUUUACGUGGAUGUCUGAAACCGUGAACUUUAGUUUUAUGUUUACGGAAUUCUCAAUUGUUUGCUUUUAUUUAUUUCUUUUUAAGCAGCAGCGUCCUGUUUAGUUCUCGCAUCUAAGUGCUGUCAUUUGUAUCCUAACACAAAAGGAACAUGUGGACAUGGAAUCAAAAAUCAAAUCAUAUUUGUUAGACAAAAUAGCCAAAAAUUAUAAAUAAAUAAGCAAGUGUGUUACAGCAAUUAUUCAGAGUGGCUUAGUAGUUUUUCUCAGCAUGGCUUCAAAGCAAAAUGACACUAACAAUAAAAAUUCAAAUAAAUAAUAAUUAAAACCAAAUAAUAACAUUUAAAUAAAUUACUAACACUUUACAUGGAUUUCUUUAAAAAGUCAAGACACCAAAAGUAAUGUUAAAAAAGAAACCUUGUAUUAAUUUAUGCUCUUUUAAAUUAAUCGAUCAAAUAAGCCAGAUGAUGAACAUCUGAAUUUACAGAAAUAUAUUCCAUCCAAGAGUAAACAAAUGUCCACAAGGACCAAUAUGAAAUGAAUUUAUAUGUAUUUGGUGGUUAUGAAUGGUGGGUGCUAAUAUUUAUCCUCAGACACUUAAGUUUAGUAACAUGCAGUCACUUAAUUCAUCCUAAUUUAUGUGAACUUAUUUUUAGUCAUACUGUAGAUGUCAUAUAGUUUGUGCAGUUGUUUUUAUCAUUUAUACAAACGUCAAUACAUUUGUUAACAUUACUAGUGUUGUUUUUUACUUGAACUAAGGCAGUUAACUAAGUUAUCUCAAUUAUAUAAUGUUAACUAAGGUAAGAAGUAAAUAAGGAAUAAUACAUGACAGUAUCUGAAGACAAUAGCAGUGAGUGAAGGAGACAUCCACUGACGCAACAGGACCAAGUAUGAAGAGAGUGAGUCGAGUCUCUUCCAGUGGCCAUGAUAACCCAGGCCUGGAGCUCAGUGAUGCAGUAUCUAGCCAGCAGUCAAUGCAGCAAUAUACUGAUUCCCGUACCUCUGUAAUAUCAGCCUCAGUGGUGCGCUCUGUUAGCCAGUGGGCUUCAUAUGCCAGGGGUCGCUGGAAACAGGCUACCCGUAAAUGCAUGAGGAGAAAACCCUCAGAGGAAUCUUUAAGCAGCAAGUACAAGGGCCUUGCCUGGGAGGAAGAUGCUGUAGAUGGAAUCACCAAAGAGUAUCAGUUGAACAAAAGCCUGCUGGAUCACUUCAGAGUGCUGGCUGCCAACAACGAGGACACGGAUAAGGUUGACCUGCAGUACCUGAACGAAAUCCUUAGCGAUGGAGCUGAUCCCAAUUCAGCAGACAAAUAUGGACAGACAGCACUUCAUGAGAUCUCUCGAGCCUGGAAUGUAGAUGUAAUGAGGUUCUUCCUGGAGAGAGGAGCUGAUAUCUGCAGGCCUGAUGCAUUUGGGGUUACGCCUCUCCACGUGGCUGCAGCCUUGGACUAUGAGGAUAUGAUUCACUUUCUUCUAGAAAGAGGAGCUGAUAUUGAGGCACACACUUAUAAAGACCUGCAGACACCAUUACACUUUGCUGCUAAGAACGAUGCUAUUGAGGCAAUUCAGAUUCUGCUGCAGGAUGGAGCAGACAUUGCUGCACACGACUACAAACAAAGAACUCCACUACAACUUGCUGUCAACCUAGAUCGCAGUGAAGCCGCACACACACUGUUGGAGAUGGGGGCGGAUGCUGGGGUUCAGGAUUCUGAUGGACAACUGUGUAUCACUGCCAUGAUUGGCAAGAUGACGCCUGUGGCCAAUCUGGCACUGAAUCAAUUUCACGUGAAAGACCGAAUGACACGCCAGCAGUUCUUCUAUCUUCAUUUGCUGGAGCCAGAGCGAACACACCUGAAAAAAUCACAAGGGAAAAACAGAAAUGAGCCGACGUCACCGCUAGAGUUUAUUGUGCAUCAAGGCAAACUGGAUCUCAUUAUGCAUCCUGUUGUGUUAAAGCUCAUCACAGUCAAAUGGAACCUGUAUGGCAGACUUGGUGCAUGGAUUCUCCUACUGCUCAAUUUUUUAUUUAUCGUUUCCUGGACCACAGUUGCCAUAUCUGUGUCUGUGUCAUCCGAGGAGGACAAACGCUAUGUUUUCCCUCAGGACUGGUGGCGUGUCUUUGUGGUAAUGAUAGCAUUAGGGCUGACGGUGCUGGAGGUAUACAGGGAGGUGAUGGAGAUUCUGCACUCUGUUAGAAAGCUAAAAGAUUGGCAGCAGUGGUGUGAACAGAGACUCAAUGAGGAUCUGGCUUGCACACAUCCCAUGUGGCCAGAGGAACGUCACUACAUCGAGGGUCAGAUUAAGUUAAUUCGGAACAUGAAGGGAAGCUACUCGCAGGACCCCUGGAAUAUAUUUGAUUGGCUUGUAUAUGCAUUGCUGAUAGCAGUUUUGGGUCUUCACUUGGCUGAUGUUUACCUGGUCUCUCAGACACUCCAAAUGUAUAGCCUCCGCAUGUUCGCUGUGGCCGUCAUCUUCCUCUGGCUCAGGCUGAUGAAGCAUGUCAGAGCAUUUAGGGUUAUGGGUCCCUUCAUUGUCAUGCUGGGGAAGAUAGUGGGUGACGUGCUGCGCUUCCUCUUCUUAUAUGCAGAGAUCUAUGUCCCAUAUGCCUGCGCUUUCUGGAUUAUAUUCGGAGGCUUAACAGCUGUACCUAGUAUGCAAACAGUGCCGCAGAUGCUCUAUAGCCUGUACCGCAUAACCCUUGUGGACGAAUAUGAGUUUGAUGCCAUGGUGGCUGUGGACCCCGUUAUGGCUCACUUGCUCUGUGGUACAUUUCUGGCCCUGUCUGCUGUUCUGUGUGUCAACCUAAUGAUUGCUCUGCUCUCAGACACCUUUCAAAGAGUAUAUGACAAUGCACUGGCGAACGCAGUGAUGCAACAGGCGUCCAUCAUCCUGCAGGUAGAAGAAUCCAUGCCUCACCUGCGGCAUUUCUAUGACAAACAGUAUAUCCACAGCUGCUGUUCCCCACUCAGAGAGUCUUAUGACGAUGAUAUCAUAACAAAUCCAGAUCAACAUGAAGAGAUGAAGAAACUUACAGCAGAGAUUAAGGAUACUUUAGCUGAAUACUUGGCCAUCCAAAAAGAGGCCAAACUACUCAACCCAGCUGAAACAGAUGAUGGUAACAGCUCUCCCAGUUCCUCAUCUCAACAAGAACAUCUCAGCAGUCUAAUAAGAUUGGAGAAGAACCAACAGCAGCAGAUUCAGGAUCUGCAAGACCUAAGGGAAGAUGUAAAGAAGCUCCAGGGAUUAUUGCUACAGCUGAUUCAGUCAAAGCCUACAACAUCUGCUGACGUUCCAAAUACAUAUUCAACAGUGCUUCGGUAGGCUGGAAUAAACCACGUUUUGGUUUUUGAAGUUGGACAAGAAGCAAGCCCUUUGAAAGAUAACAAGCAUUUGUUAACUAUAACAAACUCUCUACUGCAUGUGGGUAAUUGUUAAAUGUUUGGUAUGCUGGCCAUGGUAUAUUCAGUGGUUUCACUGGUUUUAACUUGAUUUCAUUUAAAACUCUUAGUUAACAAACAACAUGUACCAUGUAACAUGUGUGUUGGUUUAAUCCCUGGCCUACAGGGUUUUAUUGUCAAUAAAUUAGUUUAUCAAACGUACUACUGUAUAUCAUCAGUCAUUUGUACAACUUAAUAUUUCCAUGCAUUUACCAGAGGAGUGUUUAUACAGCAGAAAGGCAAGC